AUGGGAUCCGGCUUAAAUUUUGGGAUCUCGGCGGUCAAGAAGAGCUUCAAUCGUUGUGGGAUAAGUACUAUGCUGAAUCAAACGGUGUUAUUUAUGUCGUUGAUUCUGCAGAUAGAGAUCGUUUUGAUGAGUCUAAAGAUGCAUUUGAUGAUUAGAAACCCUGUACUGGAAGGUGUGCCGUUACUGGUUCUAGCUAACAAGCAAGAUAUGCAGAGUGCAUCCCAUUUGUCUGAAAUAAACAAAGUUUUCUACGACAGUCUACGUCUUGUUGGGCAACGUCAAUGCACAUUUCAUGGUGUCAGUGCACUUAACGGGGAGGGAAUAAACAGCAGUAUCAAGUGGAUUGCUGAUAAGGUUAAAGGUAACGCUAAACAAAGGCCACCAAAACAAUUUGAAAUCCCGUAA